AUGGCGAGGAGACCGGACGAGGAAUACGAUUACUUGUUCAAGGCGGUGUUAAUCGGUGAUUCUGGUGUAGGCAAAUCAAAUUUGCUCUCCCGAUUCACUCGAAAUGAAUUCUGCUUGGAAUCUAAAUCUACCAUCGGAGUUGAAUUUGCCACCCGUACCCUACAGGUUGAGGGAAGAACUGUCAAGGCUCAAAUAUGGGAUACAGCUGGCCAAGAGAGGUAUAGAGCCAUAACAAGCGCAUAUUACCGGGGUGCUUUGGGAGCUCUUCUUGUAUAUGAUGUGACAAAACCAACUACGUUUGAAAAUGUAAGUCGGUGGUUGAAGGAGCUGAGGGACCAUGCAGACUCCAACAUUGUUAUCAUGCUUGUAGGAAAUAAGACUGAUCUCAAGCAUCUACGUGCUGUUGCCACAGAGGAUGCUCAAGGUUUUGCCGAAAAAGAAGGCCUUUCUUUCAUCGAAACAUCUGCUCUGGAAGCCAUCAAUGUAGAGAAUGCUUUCCAAAUGAUUCUUUCAGAAAUAUAUCGGAAAAUUAGUAAGAAGCCACUCUCCUCAGAUGAGCCUGCACCUACUAACCUCAAAGAAGGGAAGACCCUUGUUGUUGGACCCCAGGAGACCCCCACAAAGAAGACAUGCUGCUCCGCGUCCUAA